AUGCUAGGAGGUGCGCUAAACUCGGACUCGAUCUACUCGCGCACGUCUCAGACCACCCCAUCGGCCCCGUCAGCCUCCUCCUCCGUCAACAGUACCCCCACCUCGACCACCGCCCCGCCACCUUCUGGCUCGGGCUCGACUCGGCUUCCCGCACAGCCAAACGAUGUCCCCGCCUACAUCAGUUCCCAGACUCCUUCGUUUCCUUCCUCGAGCACCACUCCCUCCGACACUCCCUCCCACCGUCCCCCGCCAUCGAUGACCGCACACUCCCACUAUGGCAUUCCGCCCGACCACCCAUCCCACUCCAACUCACACACUCCACAGUAUCCUCAACAUCAUCCCCAGACAAGCCACCAUGCCGCACCCGCCGAUGCCAUAACGUCUGCCCCAAACCCUCAUCCACAAGCCUCCCCCGACUCCCCGCGCUUGCAACCGACCUUCCGAUCCAUGCAAUCGCUUGGUGGCUCCGAAGCAAACUCCCCCAGUCGCAUCCGGGUUCGCAGCUUGUCUCACAUCCAGAGUCUCGCCAGUGAGGAAUUUCUGCACCAGUCGCAUCGAUCCCACAUUCCCGGCCAUGGAUCCCAACCUCGACAAUUUGAGAUCAGCUCCAUGCCCGUCACCGACAUCAUUGAGAUGGUUGCGGGCCUCUUGACCAAGAUCACCACCACCAACGACAUGCACCAUGAUCACAUCCAUCGCCAUAUCCCGCCCCCGGACGGCACCAACAAUCUCAGCCCACAGGCCACCAGUGUGCUUGCUUUUCACGGUAAGAACGUGCCUAGCAUCACCAUCCUCAGCUACCUCACUCGCAUCCACAAAUACUGUCCAACCACAUACGAGGUGUUCCUCAGCUUGUUGGUCUACUUUGACCGCAUGACGGAGCUGGUCAACUGGGACCGGCCGGGCCAGGGACCAUAUCGUUAUACCUCCACUCCCGGUGACCUAUCCAGCUCGACCUCCACCGAGUCACUUGGGGCAGAAUUGCGGCGUCAGGGGCCGGAUCCUUCAAUGGUGACACCGCCAUCGUCCACCCGCAUGACGGGCCAGGACCCGAGUCCCAACUCCACCAUCUCACCGGCUCUGUACCCCCAGGGUGAAGAUGACAACCUCUCCCAUUUCUUCGUCGUCGACAGUUUUAAUAUUCACCGACUGGUCAUCGCGGGCGUGACCUGUGCGAGUAAAUUCUUCUCCGAUGUCUUUUACACCAAUUCUCGAUAUGCAAAGGUUGGCGGCCUCCCUCUAGUAGAACUGAAUCAUCUCGAGCUUCAGUUCCUCAUGCUCAAUGACUUCCGACUCGCCAUUCCGGUAGAGGAGCUAGAGUCCUACGGGACCAUGCUGGUUGAGUUCUACGCACGUGAGAUUGUUGCCCAACAGCAACAGAAACAACAAUCCGUACCACGACCCAUCAAUCCCACAUCGGAUUCCCCCGCCGAUGCCAUGUACAUGCGUUCCCGCGACAAGCGCCGGGAUCAACCGGACUUCGGCCAGACCCCGACUCCACCUUGA